AUGGGUAUAAUUGCGAGGAUUAAUGUGAAGUAUAGGAUUGAUGCUAGUUGGCCGAUGAUGAUGUAUGGGUGUUUUACUGGUUGUCCUCCGAUUAGGUCAGCUGGUAUUCUUGGUUGGAAAAGAGGAAAUGACUCUAAUGUGUCAGAAUUUGUUCUUCUGGGCCUUUCUUCAUCUUGGGAGCUGCAGCUGUUCCUCUUCUUACUAUUUGUGAUGUUUUACAUGGCUAUUGUCCUAGGAAACCUCCUUAUAGUAGUGACAGUGCAAGCCGAUGCCUACCUGCUCCAGUCUCCUAUGUACUAUUUUCUGGGCCAUCUUUCCUUCAUUGACUUAUGCUUGAGCUGUGUUACUGUGCCUAAGAUGUUAGGGGACUUUCUAAGUCAAGGAAAAACCAUCUCUUUUUCAGGAUGUGUGACCCAGAUUUACUUCCUCCACUUUCUGGGAGCCAGUGAGAUGUUCCUGUUGACAGUCAUGGCCUAUGAUAGGUAUGUUGCCAUCUGUAACCCUUUGCACUACCUGACUGUCAUGAACCGCCAGUUAUGUCAUCAAUUGGUUUUUGCCUGUUGGUGUGGUGGUUUUAUUCACUCCAUCACACAGGUCAUACUGGUCAUCCAACUACCCUUCUGUGGGCCCAAUGAAUUGGACAAUUUCUACUGUGAUGUCCCACAGGUCAUCAAGCUGGCCUGCAUGGACACCUAUGUGGUAGAAGUACUGAUGGUCUCCAAUAGUGGUUUGCUAUCUCUCGUCUGCUUCUUGAUCUUGCUGUGCUCCUACGCUGUCAUCCUGAUGACGCUGAGAACUCGCUUCCGCCAGGGGCAGAGCAAAGCACUCUCUACCUGUGCCUCUCACCUAACAGUAGUCAGCCUGAUCUUUGUGCCAUGUGUUUUCAUUUACCUGAGGCCUUUCUGCAGCUUCUCUGUAGAUAAGAUAUUCUCUGUGUUCUAUACAGUGAUUACACCUAUGCUGAACCCUCUCAUCUACACACUCAGAAAUGCUGAUAUGAAGAAAGCUAUGCAGAAGUUGAGGAAAAAGCAUGUGACAUUUUGUUGCCACAAUGAAGAAUGA